GGGUUUGGUUUUGAUUGGAGAAAAGGCUUGUUGGUGAAUUUCUACUUUUGAUUUUGACUUUUUUCCGGCGAUGCCAACGCCGGUGACUACGGCGAGAGAAUGCUUGACGGAGGAAGCUGCUCGUGCUCUCGACGAUGCUGUUGCUGUGGCUCGUCGGAGAAGCCACGCCCAGACGACGUCUCUUCAUGCAGUUUCUGCUCUUUUAGCUAUGCCGUCGUCGAUUCUCCGGGAAGUUUGCGUCUCACGCGCCGCUAGGAGUACUCCUUACUCGUCGCGACUUCAAUUCCGAGCUCUUGAGCUUUGCGUCGGCGUAUCUCUCGACAGGCUUCCGUCGUCGAAGUCUCCGGCGACGGAAGAAGAUCCACCGGUUUCGAAUUCGCUCAUGGCGGCGAUCAAACGGUCUCAGGCGAAUCAGAGACGGCAUCCGGAGACGUAUCAUCUUCAGCAGAUCCACGCUAGUAACAACGGCGGCGGUGGUUGCCAAACGACGGUUCUGAAAGUCGAAUUGAAGUAUUUCAUACUAUCGAUCCUCGACGAUCCGAUUGUGAAUCGGGUAUUCGGCGAAGCUGGGUUUCGGAGCUCCGAUAUUAAGCUCGACGUGCUUCACCCUCCGGUAACGCAAUUCUCUUCCCGUUUCUCUCGAGGUCGUUGUCCGCCUCUCUUCCUCUGUAAUCUUCCAAACUCAGAUCCGAAUCGUGAGUUCCCGUUUUGUGGGAGCGGUGGUUUCGAUGAAAAUUCCCGGAGAAUCGGAGAAGUGUUAGGCCGGAAAGAUAAGAAGAACCCUUUACUUGUAGGUAAUUGCGCUAAUGAAGCUCUCAAAACGUUUACGGAUUCGAUCAACAGUGGGAAGUUAGGGUUUCUUCCGAUGGAUAUUAGCGGAUUAAGCUUGAUUAGCAUAGAGAAGGAGAUUAGUGAAAUUUUAGCCGAUGGAUCGAAAAACGAAGAGGAGAAUCGAGUGAAAGUGGAUGAUCUAGGAAGAAUUGUAGAGCAAAAUGGCUCGAAAUCUGGGAUAGUGCUUAAUCUGGGAGAGCUAAAGGUUUUGACCAGUGAAGCUAAUGCUGCUCUUGAGAAUUUGGUGUCGAAGCUUUCGGAUUUUCUGAAACAUCCAAGUAAGAAACUUUGGUUCAUCGGAUGUGUAUCGAGCAACGAGACUUACACGAAGCUUAUCGAUCGGUUCCCUACAAUCGAGAAGGAUUGGGACCUUCAUGUUCUUCCAAUCACAGCCUCCUCUAAACCUUCAAGUCAAGGGGUUUAUCCAAAAUCAAGCUUGAUGGGAUCCUUUGUUCCCUUUGGAGGCUUCUUCUCGUCAACAUCAGAUUUCAGAGUACCGUUGAAUAGCACAGUGAAUCAGACGCUCUCUAGAUGCCACCUCUGCAACGAGAAGUAUUUGCAAGAAGUAGCCGCUGUUCUCAAGGCCAGUUCGAGUCUUUCUCUGGCCGACCAAUGUUCCGAGAAGUUGCCCCCUUGGCUACGGGCUGUAGAGACCAAAGAUGACAAGGGAACAACGGGCAGCAGUAAGGCUUUAGAUGACGCUAACACAUCAGCCUCGCAAACCGCAGCUCUGCAGAAGAAAUGGGACAACAUAUGCCAAAGUAUCCAUCAAACUCCGGCAUUUCCUAAACUUGGUUUUCAGUCGGUGAGUUCGCAGUUCCCAGUUCAGACAGAGAAGAGUGUGAGAACUCCUACUAGCUUUUUGGAGACGUCUAAACUGCUGAAUCCGCCAAUCUCAAAGCCAAAACCUAUGGAGGAUCUCACGACAUCAGUGACUAACCGCACAGUGAGUUCGCCUUUGAGCUGUGUCACUACAGAUUUUGGGUUGGGAGUAAUCUAUGCAUCAAAAAACCAGGAAUCAAAAACAGCGAGGGAGAAACCGCUGCUGGUGACUCUAAACUCUUCUUUAGAACAUACAUAUCAGAAAGAUUUCAAGUCUCUCAGAGAAUUACUCUCUCGUAAAGUUGCCUGGCAAACCGAAGCUGUGAAUGCCAUAAGCCAAAUUAUCUGCGGUUGCAAAACCGACUCCACGAGAAGAAAUCAAGCAAGCGGAAUUUGGCUGGCUCUUCUUGGACCCGAUAAAGUCGGGAAGAAGAAAGUGGCGAUGGCUCUUUCUGAAGUCUUCUUUGGUGGUCAGGUCAAUUGCAUAUGUGUAGAUUUUGGGGCAGAGCAUUAUUUUCUUGAUGACCAAUUCAGAGGCAAAACAGUGGUUGAUUACAUAACCGGUGAGUUAUCAAGGAAACCACAGUCUGUUGUUUUACUAGAAAACGUGGAAAAAGCUGAUUUCCCGGAUCAGAUGAGAUUGUCUGAAGCUGUGAGUACCGGGAAAAUUCGUGAUUCGCAUGGAAGAGUGAUCAGUAUGAAAAAUGUGAUUGUUGUUGCGACGUCUGGGAUUGCCAAGGAUAAUGCUACUGACCAUGUUACUAAACCUGUGAAGUUUCCUGAGGAUCAAGUUCUCAGUGCGAGAAGCUGGAAACUGCAGAUAAAGCUGGGAGAUGCUACUAAAAUUGGGGUAAAUAAGAGAAAACAUGAGCUAGAAACAGAGCAACGUGCUGUGAAGGUGCAACGUUCAUAUCUGGAUCUGAACCUUCCAGUGAAUGAAACAGAAGUUAGCCUCGAUCAUGAGACAGAGGAAAGGAACACUUGGUUCGAUGAUUUCAUUGAACAAGUAGAUGGAAAAGUGACGUUCAAACCGGUUGAUUUCGAUGGGUUAGCCAAGAACAUUCAAGAGAAGAUCGGUUCACAUUUUGAGCGGUGCUUUGGAUCGGAAACAAAUCUAGAGCUUGAUCAAGAAGUGAUCAUUCAGAUUCUGGCGGCUUCAUGGUCAUCAUUAUCAUCGGACGAAGAAGAAGGGAAAACAGUUGAUCAGUGGAUGCAAACCGUCCUUGCUCCAAGCUUUGCUGAAGCGAAACAGAAGUACGGUUCGAAUCCUAUGUUGGCUGUGAAGCUGGUUGCUUCUUCUAGCGGUUUAGCUUCCGGAGUAGAGUUGCCCGCGAAGGUGGAUGUGAUGUGAUCACACGCAUAUAUAUAAAUGAGGUAAUAAUAAAGAGUUAUAAUCCUCAGAUUGUUUUUGUCAUGGAAAGUUUUUUGCUUGUUGUAAAUUACGAUGUAAAAUGGCUGAGCUAGCACUUGGUACAUAGGUAUGUUUAGGAGUACCAAUUUGCCACAGCUUUUUUGGCAUUUUGAGUUUAGGUAUUUCUCCUAAAAUUUUCCCAACUUCCGAAUUUAGAUGAAUUAAACCAUCUUCUCUGUAACCAAGUUUGUUGUAUAUUAUGUUUGCCGAAAUAUAGGACUCUGGAAUGUAACAUGUAACUGUAAGCUUAACUUUUUGUUUAUGUUGGAUCAAAUAAAUUCAGUAUUGUUUU